UUCAAGUUUCUUUGUGUUCAAAAUAGCUUAAAUUUAAGUAAAUAUGUUUACUUAUAAGUUAAUUCUGUUCAAAUCUUUGAACACACAGUAUCUGAUUACAAACUGAAUACAAAUGAAAGCAUGUGAAACUUUUACUUGCUGUCAAUCAAAUUCUAACCCUACAAUAGUUUCAGAAGACCGUAAAAAUAAUUGUUCAUUUUUAAAUAAAAAUGGGUAAAAGAUCGAAGGACAAGCGUGAUAUUUAUUACAGAAAGGCAAAGGAAGAAGGAUGGCGUGCUCGAAGCGCCUUCAAACUGAUGCAAUUAGCUACAAACUAUAAUUUAUUUGAAGGUGUUACCAAGGCAGUUGACCUAUGUGCUGCUCCAGGCAGCUGGUCACAAGUCCUCUCCAGGUAUCUCUACAUUGGAGAACAAUUGGAAGAAAUGCAAGACAAAUACAACAAAUGCGCCCACUAUGAACCAGAAAUCAACGAUAAGGUAAAAAUUGUUGCUGUAGAUCUACAACCAAUGUCUCCUCUGCCUGGAGUCAUUCAAAUCCAGGGCGACAUUACUAAAUAUAGCACUGCACUUGAAAUAAUCCGCCAUUUUGAGGGAGAUCAUGCUGAUUUAGUCAUUUGUGAUGGUGCACCAGAUGUGACUGGAUUGCAUGAUAUGGACAUUUAUAUCCAAUCACAACUUCUCUUGGGUGCACUGCACAUUUGCUGCAAUGUGUUGAAACCUGGUGGGAAGUUUGUUGCCAAAAUAUUCAGAGGCAAACAGAAUAAUUUGCUGGUGUGUCAGUUUAAAAUGUUGUUUAAGAGUGUGCAGAUUUGUAAACCACCAAGUAGUAGAAAUUCCAGUGCUGAGGCUUUUAUUAUUGGGACAGAGUACAGUCCACCAGAAGGAUUUGAUCCUAAAAUGUUGACAAACUUCCUGGGUGUAGAUUCGUAUAAUUUUGAUGCAUUAACUGGCGUUAAUAGGAAAGUUAUUCCUUUUGUUGUUUGUGGAGAUUUAAGUGGAUUUGAUUCUGAUGCUACUUAUCCUUUAAAUUUAGAUGGUGAAGAUUAUGAAUAUGUACCACCAGUUCAACCACCACUACAAAAAGAUCAAAACUUCCCCGAAGUUUCAAAAGUUUUAGAAUCCAAACCUCAAGAAGUCAACGUCCAGCCACCAAAUGAUAUUUUCGUAGUAGAACUCUCAACCAACGACGACGAUGUUUUAGCUGCCCUCGACGAUGUUAAACCGAAUCCUUCCUAUUUAGAAGAUUGCAAUCUCCUCGACGAUUUCAACCGCUUAACUCUUCUUGAUAACUUUGUAAAUUCCACAGAAUCAUGCCACCAUACGCCACAUCUACAACAACAUCAUGAGCCUAAAGUACGUUAUGUUGAGCAAAGUGUGCAUGUGAUAAUGCACUUACCCGAAUGCCGCCUGGAAGGCGAAGGUGUUUUAAUCCCUGAAGAAGUUCCCCAGCCGAGUUCCCCCACGCCUGCACGCAAGCGGCGAUUAAAAAUCGUCGAGGAAUACACUACAUUCAAAAACGCGGAUGAUGACAACUUCUUUUCUGACUUGGAAAAGCUGUAUGUGAAGUAUUUCGAUGAGGCACCGCACAAAGAGUUCGAGGAUUUCGAUUUUGACUUUGAGAAGCUGCAGGAUGAGUUUCAGUUCGCGGCGAUGGAGUGCCAAUGCGGGGAGUGUUGUGCUCAGAAACAAAUGUAGCAUAAUACUGCAAUAUUUUUAGGUUUUAGGUUUUAUUAAUACAUAAUUGUGAAUUAUUUUUGUGAAUGAAGCUCUUUAAGAAUUUGAUUCUGGUAA